UGGCGCGUUUUGAGGAAUCCCACUUUAACGCGCCAAAUUUAAAAAAUUACUUAUAGAUCGUUCUCUCUCUGCCUGGUUUUCCUCCAACGCCUUUCAAUGGACCAAAGCUUCCUCGAAGGUGGAUGGCUUGGAGGUUUGGAUAAAGCUUCACUGAGGGAACCUCUGAAGCCAAAGGACAACAACGGCUUGGUUGCCAGUUCAAAUUGUUUCCUUUCAAACUAUGAACAUUCAAGUGACGAAAAACAAAACCACUCUGGUUCAAAGAAAAACUCGACUUGUAUUCAAAUGAUAGACAAGUCCGUUCUUCGCGAGAUAUACGAUACAUACUCCUUUCGGGGUGGUGGUUUCGGUUAUAGGCGUCCAGGUAUGACAGUGGAAGGUUUUCGAGCAGUUGUAGUGGACGCAAAACUGUUUGGAAAAGACGAUAUUAAGGCAAGAAGAGAAGCUGAGCUAGUUACUUCCGCUAUUUUAUCGAAGAGUGCAACCAAUUUAGACUUCGACCAGUUUGUCAGAGCCCUAAGCAAACUAGGAAAGCGUAUUCCUUGGUCCAAAAUCAAGGGAGAAAUUGCAGAAGCAACUCAUUUGAGCUCAGAGGAAAAAGUGUUUGUGACAAUAUGUCAAACUCUUAAGGGCAGUGAAUAUGAAAGGAAUAGAAAUGCGUCUCCCGUACAAACAUCGCAAAGUCCAAUGAGAGAGCGGAUGGCUUUUGGAAGGGCAUGUUUCUCUUCUCCCAAGAGUGAAAGAGAACGACGAAACUCAAUUUUCAAAUAUGCCGCGAAAAAGAAUCCGCUGUGUUUACUUAUUGAAAAAAACCAAAAAGCCUUCCAGGUUAUAUUCACUCAUUACAUGCAUCGCGAGACAGGAAGUUCCGCUUACGAAUCGAGAUGUAGCUCAACACCAGGAAUUUCCACAAAUGAACUACGAAAAUUUGCUCAGGACUUUGGAGUCUUCCCAGACUUUAUGCAGCUUGAAGACCUCCGGGAAACAAUGCUGGAUGUAACUAGUAACUCCGAAAUUUUGUCCACUCCUGGUAGUGCAGCAACAGGAAAUUAUUCAAUAAUUACGACUUGCGAGCAAUUUACCGUUUGUCUCGUUAUGAUAGCUUAUUACGCAUUUGGGGAGCAGCCUAUUAAGGCUUUCGAAGAGGUGAUAGAAGUAGAUCCGAAUGAAGCGACUGAAAGGUUACUGUCGCUGUUCCGAAGAAUGAAUUUCAUGAGAGAAAAACGACCCGCUCCACCAAUGCCUGUUAAUUUUGUACGCUUUAAAGACCUUGAAAACUGCACACCAUCUGGAUCGACUCCUGUGCGCAAAAGACAGGUCUCUGUAUCUAAUUCUCCUCAGAGUUCAGCUGAGCGUGUCCGAAGAGGUUUCAAUGCAUCGAGAAUUUUGUUUGGAACCGAUAGUGAGUCAAUAACAAAUGACCCCGGAGUAGCGACCAACUCUAUCAAUAGGAAACUAGAGAAACAACUUUCGGGUUCUUGCGAAGAAACACCAGUUUCAGAAAAAGACUAUACUCCUGUUAAUGAUUGGCAUUCGAGUUACAGUAGCACCGAUCGCAUGUCACGCAUUUCGACAGUGAAGGAAAGACUUUCUGCCCUUUCAAAGAGUAGCAUCUCUCCAGAAACUUUUACAAACUCUGAAUCAAAGGAGAACCACGCCCCAAGUUCUGCAGGAACAGCAACAGAAAAUUCACCUUUGGCAGAAAUUACGCUAUCUAUUGGGAAGAAUACCCCCUCGGCUCCUCUGAUCGGAAGGCCUCAACCUUUUGCAAAGACUGCGUUUCAUAGUUCUCAAGCUUGGAACGAUGACGAAUCUAGUGAAACUCUAAGAAGUUCGGAUAACAAAAUUGCAAAAGCUACAGGUCGAUUGCAGAUAGGUAAAACGCCACCAUUUUCCAUUUUGCCUUAUCAAAACGACUUGAAGAAUUACCAAACUUCAGAACAAAGUGAACUUCAGGAUCUCACAAAUGAGAUUCGAGAAGCUAACAGAUGCUUAGAAAAAGCUACAGCAGAGCUCGAACUGUCACCGUUUCUCACAGAUGAUUAUAAAUUUUCUCCUGGAGAGGCUCUGUUUGACGAUAUUGAUUUUUUCUCCGAAAUGUUCCCUUCAGCGCGUAAACAAGGGGUCGAGGAAUUUGUCAAUACGGUGACUCCCUCACUUUACUUACGGUCUUUGUCGAAGACGGAAAGGUUUGCCAAAAAGAGAGAUAACUCAGAAGAUUUAGGCACUUCGGACCAAGCAAACAGCAUAAAGCAACUGCUUUCCGACUUUGGAAAAGAACAAACUGAAGAGUUGAGUCUAGAAGGAGGAAGCGGUCGAACCAAAAGGCGCUCACAGCUCAAAGUAACGUCUAUUUGGAGUCAGAGUUUUGUGCUACUAUUACAAAUGGUUAUAAUGAUGUUAUUCUUCUUGGCUUAUGCCUAUACGUUUGGUAUUAUCGGUUAUGACCCAGUCGUUGAUGAACCUUUUUUGUCUUAAUUGCUCACAAUAAACAUGUUGUCCAAUUG